AUGCCCGGAUAUCUCUUCCCUGAGCAGACGUACUGUGCGCUGUGCGACAAGUACUUCACUACUUCCGAAGCUCGCGAAGAACAUGUCCAGUGGUCGUCCAGGCACCCGCAGUGCGAGCCGUGCCAGCGCCGCUUCCCCAACAAGAAUGCCCUCCGCACCCACUACUCCUGCUCUAAGAAGCAUCGCUACUGCUUGCUGUGCGAUAAGGCAUUCAGCACUGAAGGAGGUUACAAGAUCCACCUUGAAGCUUCCCCCAAGCACCGCACUCCCAGUGUCGUUGCAACCUUUGGCCCCUCCUCCUUUGAUCAGACGAAAAUCCGUCCAGAGGGUUGGGAGGAUGAGUGCGGAAAGAAAUACUUUCCCAAUGAUGGUCCUACCGACGAAGAGGAUGACGUCGAGUACGAGGAAUUUUGGGAAGAAGACGAAGAGGAAGAGGAGGAGGAGGAGUGUGCGGAUUCGCUCGAAUUUGUACCUCCCACAACCGAAGGAGGAAUUGAUCUGCUCAUGAACGCCAUUAGAAACAAGUAUAGUCACGUCAGGACCCUUGCAGAACUCGCCAGAUAUAAUGACAGGUCUCGCGCGGGCCCUCUGUUACACGAGGCCUCGUACAGGCGGGCGGUCAGUGUCAAGCUCACCUGUCCGAUCUGCCUCGCAGGUCCAAGUGACUCGUGCAGCACUUUAAAGUGCGGGCACCUCUUUUGCACCUCAUGUGUGGAGGAGACCUUGGAGCAGGAUCCGGCAUGCCCCGUUUGCUCCGAGCCUGCGAAUGCAACACAUCUCAUUGAAGUGAAGCCUUGUAUCGUUUAA